AGACAAGGCAAGGCGCAGCCGUGCUCUGUGCUUUGUCACGCCCCUCGGAUCUCUCGCCCCAGUCACACGCCCUUCGUUUUACCCAACACCAGCGUCAACCAUCGAUUUCGCUCGAUACACGCCCUGCAGCGCACUGCACUGGUGAUAUCAGGAUGGCAGAACAGCCGCAGAUCAAGCCGGAACCCGACGCCGGCCCGCAGUUCAUGGACGAGGCGCUGGACGAGACUCCGGAUUUGGAAUUCUACGACAAGCAAUCCGACGCGGACGGCUACAGCCGCAUGUAUCUCGCGCGACUGCCCAGCUACGUCUGGGAUGCCUGGUCGAAGCUGGACGAUGACGCCGAGAUCGAGAUUGGCACAAUUCGACAGUGGAUGGACAAGGAUGGCAAUCUGAGACUGCAAAUGCGCCUCAGGUCGGACCUCAAGGCCCACAAGAAGGUGCCCAAAGAGUACAACAUGGACGUGGUAAACCACGACGUCAACAACACCUUCGUCUUCACCGAGCAGGACCUGCCGAGCUUCGCUGCGAAGAACAAAGAGAGGGCCAAUGCUCUGGCGCAGGGCAUUCCUGCCCACCUCCUGCGGAAGCAGCAGAGACUGAUGGAGCAGCCCGUCGAGCGAGGCAAGAGGGGCGCGCAAUAUGCGCGCAGGCCCAUUCCAAAGAAAACGAGAAUUGCAGGCAAGAUCAAACACGAAGUGGUCUGCACUCCGGUGCAGAACGCCGAAGCCAACCGAUUCCUGGCCCUCCGCGCAAACGCCGCCGAGAACACCCAGAAGAGGACGAAGAUGGUUAACGGGUUGAUGCCAUCUCAGGGUCUUACGAAUCCGAAAGAGUGGGACGCCUUCCUCAAAACCCGGGAGAAGCCGACCAAGGCGAAGAAGCUGGAGAACAAGGCGACGCGCUGGCCAGAGAACCAGCUCCUGGACGCCAUCGCUCGGUGCUUCUCGGAACACAAGUACUGGUCCAUCAGGGCCUUCCGCGGCAGGAUCCCGCAGCCCGAGGCCUAUCUGCGCGAGUGUCUCGACAAGAUUGCCGUUCUGCAGCGGUCCGGCACGUUUGCCAACCACUGGUCUCUCAAGCCCGAGUACCAGAGCAUGGUGGCUUCGUUGCCUAAGCCGGCCGAUGACGCAGCGGUGCCCAAGGCUGACGCACUGUCGGACGAGGAGGAGGAUGAAGACCUCAAAAUGGAAGAUGUUUUGUGAUGGAUCGGGCAUCCGCCGAUUGGAACUCUGACUCUGGAACUCUGACUUUGGCAUCUCUGGGCUGGCGUUCUAGGAAACAGCGCUUAGGUUUGCGGGUUAACCGGGGCGGCCUCUGAGCAGGAAAGAUAACACGAUAGAUACCCUGGGUCAAAAAUGACAGCAUCAGCAAUUAGGCAUGUGACUUCGGUGUCUUGGAUCCCAAGAUGCGUGCAGUGACCUAGGAACGAGAGACGUGGCAGCCGGGUGCCACUCAUACACUAGCAGGGCAACCGAUGAGAGAGCACGGUGAGUUCCAGGAAUUGUGGGGAUCCUUUUUCGACCGGUUUUGAGAUCUGAAUGCUAUGUAACUUCCAACUGGAGCUCAAUAAAACCACCCGGCUUAGAGUCUCCUGAGACCCUUUCUUC